AUGACAAUACUGCAGAAUGAGAACAAAGGCAUGUGGUCCCUCUGGCCCCUCCACCAGCUACUGAGGGUACAGGAGCACGAAUCCACUCUCUUUUCUCCACAUCUGUCCCCAGAGUACACAGGGAUCAGACUGGUGAAUGGCAGCACAGUGUGUGCGGGGAGGGUGGAGGUCCAGGUGCUGGGGACCUGGGGGACCCUCUGUGCCUCCCGCUGGGACCUCUCGGAUGCCCACGUUCUCUGUCAGCAACUCAACUGCGGGUUUGCUGAGUCCAUUCCUGGAGGAGAAUAUUUUGGGAGAGAAACUGGCCCUGUCUGGAGAGACUCAUUCCACUGUGACGGGACUGAAGCCCUCCUGCAACAGUGCCCAGUGACCACCCUGGGGGCCUCACCGUGCUCCCAAGGGAACGCUGCUGCUGUCCUUUGCUCAGCCGGCUUUGGAUCCCUGCGGCUGGUGGGCGGAGGGAGCCGGUGCGACGGACGAGUGGAGAUCUUCCAGGAUGGGGAGUGGGGCAGAGUCCUGGAUGAGCAGUGGGACAUGCAGGAGGCCAGCGUGGUGUGCCGGCAGCUGCAGUGCGGAGAGGCAGGGACAGCCUACAACCCCCCAAAGCCUGAGCGAGGGACGGGCCCCCGACUGGGGUUUCCACCCGCUGCAGGGAGCCGGCGGGUCCGGCUGGUGAACGGGGCCGGGCGCUGUGCAGGGAGAGUGGAGAUCUACUCCCAGGGCAUCUGGGGGACUGUCUGCGACGACGGCUGGGACCUGUCUGAUGCCGCCGUCGUUUGCCACCAGCUGGGCUGCGGAGAGGCAGUGGAGGCAGCCGGCUCCGCUCGCUUCGGGGAAGGCUCCGGGCAGAUCUGGCUAGAUGGUGUGAACUGCUCCGGGGCCGAAGCUGCUCUCUGGGACUGCCCGGCUGGGCCCUGGGGGCAGCACGACUGCGGGCACAAAGAGGAUGCGGGAGUCAUCUGCUCAGAGUUCGUGGCCCUGAGGCUGGAGAACAGCGACGGCUGCUCCGGGCGCCUGCAGGUUUUCUACAACGGGACAUGGGGGAGCAUUUGCUCUAACUCCAUCACUGACAACACGGUGACACUGGCGUGCAAGGAGCUGGGCUGCGGGGACGGAGGAUCCCUGGAAACACGCCUGCCCUCUGGCAGGGUGUCUGGCCCUGCCUGGCUGGAUCGCGUGCAGUGUGGGGAGACAAACAGCUCUUUCUGGCAGUGUCCCUCCACACCCUGGAACCCACAGUCAUGUGAAUACCUGGAAGAGGAGAUCCGCAUCACCUGCAAUGCCAGGGAGAAGAUUCGUGCCGUGGGAGGCAAGGACGGGUGCUCGGGCAGAGUGGAGGUCUGGCACCGUGGCUCCUGGGGGACGGUGUGCGACGACUCGUGGGACAUGCAGGAUGCCGAGGUGGCGUGCAGGCAGCUGGGCUGUGGCCCUGUGGUGUCUGCCCUGCAUGAGGCUGCGUUUGGGAUGGGGACGGGCCCCAUCUGGCUGGAGCAGGUGGAGUGCCGGGGGACGGAGCCGUCCCUGCAGGACUGCUGGGCCCGGCCCGGGGACAGCGGGGCUUGCCGGCACAAGGAAGAUGCUGCCGUGCGCUGCUCAGAUCCCACCCGAGGCCAUCAGAGCAGCAGCGGGAGAGUCUCAGUGCCCGUCAUCAUGUGCAUCAUCCUGGGGACCCUUGUCUGCCUGCUCCUGGCCCUCCUGGCUGGGCAAGUGCUGAGCGCCAGGGCUGGGCGCAGAGGCUCCAGCAGAGCCCAGGAGCCCUUCCCCGAGGCUGUGUACGAGGAGAUCGGGUACAGCCCAGCGUGGGAGAAACGGGCCAGGUUUGAUCGCUCAGGUGGGUGUGGGUCUUCCCUGGAGGCACAUCUGCAGGACCCAUUCCUCUGGCCCCAACCCAGAGCUGACCCUCUUAAGCCCCCCAGCCUGUGGUGCCUGUAG